CUGGCCGCCGCUACUCCUGACGAACGGCUCGUUCUCAUCACUGAUCAUGUGCCUCGCUCUCUGGCUGUCUCUGGCUGCGCAGCAGGAAGUUGGCGUUGUUUUCUCCACCUUGCUUUUCUUUUCUCCCUCCUCUUGACAGUCCCAUUCACAGCAUUAUUUCCGUGUUAUCUUCCUUUUUGUUGCUGUUGUUGUUGCUGCUGCGGCUCUUACCUCCACUCUGCGGGACGCGAGAGCCGAGACGCUGGCGCUGUAAAAGCCCGGCAGAAGCCCCUUCCGCUCCGCUCCGCUCCGCUCCGCUCCGCUCCGCUCCCUCCUCCCCCGGCCUGGGGAGAGCAGGUUCAUGGAGGCCUUGGUGGAGGAGAAGGAGCCACCGCCGAUGGAUAAAUCUAUGCCCCUGCCUACCUUGAGCCCGGCCCUGCCCCCCUACGUCACCUUGGGCCUGACGGUGGUCUACACCGUCUUCUACUCCCUCCUCUUCAUCUUCAUCUACGUCCAGCUCUGGCUGGUCCUGCGGUACCGACACAAGCGCUUCAGCUACCAGACUGUGUUCCUGUCCCUGUGCCUGCUGUGGUCGGCCCUGCGCACCGUGCUCUUUUCCUUCUACUUCAAGAACUUUGUCACAGCCAACACUCUGGGGCCCUUUCCCUUCUGGCUGCUCUACUGCUUUCCUGUCUGCCUCCAGUUCUUCACUCUCAGUCUCAUGAACCUUUACUUUGCACAGGUUGUUUUCAAGGCAAAGUCGAAAUAUGCACCAGAGCUUUUGAAAUACAGGCUUCCGCUGUACCUGUUCUUCCUGUUCAUCAGCCUGGUGUUUUUGGUAGUGAAUUUAGUGUGUGCCCUGCUGGUGAGGAUGUCCUCUGCAGAAGCCCACACCAUCGUGCUCGUGAGGGUCACCAUCAACGACACACUUUUUGUCCUGUGUGCCAUCUCGCUCUCCUUGUGUCUUUACAAACUGGCUAAGAUGUCACUGGCCAACAUUUACCUGGAAUCCAAAGGGACGUCAGUGUGCCAGGUGACCGUUAUAGGAGCCAUCGUCAUCCUCCUGUACUCUUCCAGGGCCUGCUACAAUCUGGUCGUCCUGGGACUCUCAAACAAGAGCAUUACCUCCUUUGACUACGACUGGUACAACGUUUCAGACCAGGCAGAUUUACAGUCGACACUGGGCGACACGGGCUACAUCGUCUUCGGAGUCAUCUUGUUUGUGUGGGAGCUGCUCCCCACUUCUCUCGUAGUUUUCUUCUUCAGAGUUCGGCAGCCCGACCUAGACAGGAGUGGCUCUGGGCUUCCUGGUCACGUCUUCUCCUCCAGGGCUUAUUUCUUCGACAACCCACGGCGGUAUGACAGUGACGAUGACCUGGCGUGGAGCGUCAUGCCUCAGAACAUCCAAGCCAGUCUGGCUGCUGACAGUUACGAGUGGGGGAGCCAAAGCAGCAGCGGCAUCGGCGCCUACAUCGGAGGGGAUGACAGUUCCACCCUCCCACCUCCUCCUGAGGAGCUCAGCCAUUACUGACUGGAGUUCACAGCGACUCCUGCUGACCUGUGGCUUUGAUCCUUUUAUUUGUAUAUUUUUGCACAGUUUCUCUUAGUGACAGAGGAACAUGGGCCUGAAAGUCGCCCUCCACUCGAUACAUUCAGUCUUCUAUUUUGUCUAGAGAAGAAGAACUAACUUUUCUGCCAGUAUAUGAAUGUCCACUGAUUGGACAUUCAUUUUGCACACUCCUUGUACAAAGUAACCUCGGACUGCUUUUAAACAAUUUCACUGUAUAGUUUAUAUUAAAUACCGCUUAAUAUAUUUCCUGACUUUUGUAAUAUGUACUCUAUUACUAUUUUAUGUAAUGUCUUUCAUACAGAUUUGUUUAUUUAGAGGAUAAUCAUUUAAUUCAUAUUAAAACAGUUUAAAUGCUGGGAAA